AUGGACUUUGGCCAUCUUGAGUUCGACACGCUAGGUGCUGGCGACUCGGCUUUGUCGACUCCCGAGUUCGAUUUCUAUGGCACCUUUAUGCCGACAGGGGACGUGACCGAGGAGAGCGUGGCCUCGGCGGUAUCAGUCGACAGUGGCCUGCUGCCCACGACAACACCAACGACGACCGGUGCAAUCCUGGUGGCCUACUCGCUGGCCUCGACGGGCGCCAUGGUGUCGCCUUUGGUGCAUGCCUAUGCCUACCCGUCUGGUUCGGCAGCGCUCAGGCCUUCGGUCAUCCUGCCGUCGCACUCCUCCAAGGUCUCAAAGAAGACGGUAACGGCAACGGCGACGGCGACGACAACAACAAUAACAACGAAUAAGCUUCUUCCCGGUCGCCUGUCGUCUCCAGAUGCCGAUCGAGUUCGUCGCAUCUCCGCUGCCGCUGUUGUCAGCCGGCAGUCCGAAGAGCUGUAUUCGGCAGCGUCACCAACGUCUCUCAGCAAGCGACUCGAGCGACGCGGCCACACCAAAUCGCGGCGCGGAUGCUUCAAUUGCAAGCGGCGCCGUAUCAAGUGCCAGGAAACGCGGCCGUCCUGCGGACACUGCGUCAAGACGGGCCUGCAGUGCGAGUACCCAGCAUCACCGCUAGUCAACCACCAACCGCAGCAUCAGAUCCCGCUCUUCAGCCUGCAGGACAUGCGCUUCUUCCAGCACUUUCUGGUGCAUUGCUGCCCUCAUCAGCCGCUGGGCAACGAGACGCUCUGGACACACGAGAUUCCGUGUCUGUCACACAAUUAUGACUACCUGAUGCAUGCACUCCUCGGCCUGGCUGCGUCCGACCUGAUGCAGACUGACGCUAGCCUCGUGGCAGCGGCUAUGGACCACCGGCUCAAGGCAAUCCGCGCCAUCAAGCGAGCACUAUCGCCGGUCUCCAAGCAGCGGAUCCCGGCGACUCUCUGCUUGCCGCCAGGCGGAACAAUUGCCGUGAAGGGUGCCCAUGGCACCGACAAAGCCAAUGGCAAUCUAGAAACGACGUCCUCGUCAGUAUCGUCGGUGUCCUCUACUUCACACUCUAUUCGUUCCGGAGCAGCGUCACAGCCGCCACCGAGGACGACGUGGGACGAGAGUGCAAGCGGCUCGAGCAAUCCGCUGUUUGAGGAGGGCAAUGCGCUGAUGGCAACGUGCUUCGCAUUAACGUUCCAGUCGGUCGAGCUCGACGACGGCAUGGUGGAGUAUAUGACGUUCAUCCGAGGCAUCCUGCUGGUGGCGAUCCAGAUGCACAUACGCGGUGCCCGACUGCUGUUCCGCAACCUGCUGAACAACGAGCAGGCGGAAAUGCUGAAGCCGGCACUGGAUCCCAUGCCGCCGAUCGAGCGGCAAUGGGGGGAGGCGGCCGUGGCAGCCGUGGAGGAGCUGGAGCCAUUGUGCCGAGGGGAUGACAUGGCGAUCAGCUAUCAUGCGCUAGUGCUGCAAAUUGCGAGGGCGCUGUUGGUGUCUCCGGUUGAAUCAUAUGCGGCCGUGACUCGCCAUUAUGCCUGGUGGAUGCAGCUCCCGUACGAGCAGUUUCGACAGAUCAUCAACCUGGACCGGCCGGUGUUUGUGUUGCUGGCGACGCAUUGGAUCGCACUGAAGCAGAUUAUGGUGCGAAUCACCGACGCAGAGAAGUCGUUUGACAGCCGGCUUGUAGGGGAGCAGACGCAGAAGGAGAGCACGCAACACGGCAUGGAUAUGGGCAUCUUCCGAUGGCUGAAGCACUUAAACCGGCUGGUGAGACCAGACUUUGCGCUGUACAACGAGUGGCCGUUGUGGGUAGAAGUGCAGCUAGACCACAAUCCCCGGGCAUUUGGCCGAAGCUAG